AAAUAUAUUUAUAAAUCAAACAUCUCAACAAAACUGGUUAGUAGUCUUCCAGCCGGCGUGCGAGUGACAUCUCGCAACAUGAAGGUUAUUUAUUUUGUAGUCUUAGUGUGCCUUGCAACAGCAAGUUGCAAUAAUGACGCUAAUGACGCGGCGCUCCUGGCAGAGGGAAAUAGCAAAUUCACAGCUCGAAUGUUCACAGAAGUCGCUAAAAAAAAUCCACAAAACAGUUUUGUUUUAUCAGCAUUUUCCGUACUGACUCCGCUAGCGCAACUGUCUUUGGCUUCUGAGGGAAGCAGCCACGACGAACUAUUGAGAGCAAUUGGAUUACCAAAUGAUGAGGCGACUAAAACUGCAUUUACUCAAGUUGAAAGUUAUCUCCGAUCCGUAAAAGGAAUUGAUUUGCGAAUGGCAAAUAGGAUUUAUGUCGCCAAUGGAUACACACUUAACAAGGAUUAUGCAGCAGUCGUGAGGCAAACAUUCCAAUCGGAAGUUAAAAACGUUGACUUUACUGCAAGUCAAAGUGCAGCAAAAGAGAUAAACACUUGGGUGGAACAACAAACAAAUAAUCGCAUUAAGGAUUUAGUGGAUCCCAACUCCUUAGAUGCUGACACAAGAGCUGUUCUAGUGAAUGCGAUAUACUUUAAGGGCACUUGGAAAGAUCAAUUCGAAAAAAGGCUCACAAGUGACAAUGACUUCUAUCUGUCGCAUAGGAAAAGCAUAAAGGUGCCAACAAUGUAUAGGAAGGGUGACUACAAUUAUGGAGAAAGUGCAGAACUUAAUGCAAGAAUAUUGGAAUUGCCCUACGUUGGUGAUGAAUCUGCGUUUUACAUUAUACUUCCUAAUGACGUAGUUGGCAUUACUGAAUUAUUAGAUAAAGUAAAAGAUUCUUCAUCAUUAGAAAAAGCCUUAAGCAGUUUGUACGAAAGAGAAGUCGAAGCAUACAUACCGAAAUUUAAAAUAGAAACUACGACAAACUUAAAAGAAAUCCUUCCAGAAAUUGGUGUAAAAGACAUUUUUGAUGCUUCUAAGGCAAACUUAAGCAAAUUGAUAACGAACCAAAAUGACUUGUAUAUAAGUGAUGCGACACAAAAGGCUUUCAUUGAAAUCAACGAAGAAGGGGCUGAAGCCGCCGCUGCGAAUGCUUUUAUUAUAACGGAAUCAUAUACGGAACCAAUGAUUUUUGCUGCAAAUAGACCAUUUGUUUUUGCAAUAAAAGUCGAUAAAACUAUAAUAUUUAACGGAGUAUAUUCACCAUCACUGGUCAAGGAAAAUUAAUAAUGAAAAUUGUUAUAAUUUCUAUAGUUCGGAAUUUCGUAUUUGGCUGCAAUUAUACCUAACACCGUCACGUUCCGUGCAGAUCAUCCGUUCGUGUUUGUAUUAAAAACUGGAAGAAAUAUACUGUUUAGCGGCGUUUUUCAUCCUUGAAAUAUUUUCU